GUCACUGUGGGUGUAAAGAGAGCAAGGAAGGAAAUGUUGUUCACUCGGGUGAUGCACUCUGAAACAGAGGAUUCAUAGCUAGUGGAUUGAAUUGACCGGUCCUCAUUACAAGGAAGUGAUUCCAUCACGGAAAAAUAUAUUUAGGUGUAGGUGCUAUUCUGAAUUAGAUAGGUAUUGCUGGGGGAACAACCUUGACAUUAUAAUUGGCGCGUGGGACAUUGUAUCGGCUGCACAUUUUAAUAGCUUGCUAGCUAGAUAGAUAGCAAGAUAUGUGUGAUGCCCUCUCCCUUGUUGGCUAGCUAACAAGUAUCCAGCGUUACAGUUUAAAUAGCAAGACCAUUGUUGGUUGGGCUCAAGUUCUGUUUUGUUUUGUUGUCAGUAGCUACGUCGCUGAACUUGGAUAAAACGUUAGCGAGCAAAAUUAAUAGAUAGCUAAACAAAAUAGCAAGCGCCAGUCUCGCUGUUGGUACCGAACGCUUGCGAUAUGGGCUUGCUGUCAAAAGGGUCACCGCUCAACUGGGAAGAAACCAAAAAGUAUGCAGACCAUGUUAGGAAACAUGGCAUUGUUCAGUUUCUCAACAUCUAUAACAAGGUGAAAGAACGACAGAAAGAUGUAUUGUUAUGGGGCGAUGAGGUAAGGAUGUUGUAUUGCUUAACCUUUGCAUAACGUCAUUUUUGCAUAACAAACAAUAACAUGUGAUCCAUAAUAAUGGCAUUGUCAGUGAGUCUGCUCUAUCACCAGUGAAGUGAGGCUGUAACUAUGUUGCCAACGUGCCAACUUGGAUUGUGCAGAUGAAAGACUGUAACCGAUUUGCAGCAACGGCGUGUAACUAGUGUUUCAGUUAGUCCUGUCGUCAGGAUAGUAGUGCAUGCAGUACAAGUAGUUGUAGCGAAUGCUUUGAUGUUUAUACUCCGUCCAUAAACAUUGAACCCAUUCAAAGCAUCUGACCAUUACAUAACUGUUUUAGAUUUAGACAACUUUUAAUCAGUAACUGAUGUAUUAUUCAGUUACUUAGGCCAUGGAACCGUUUAUAUUGUUGCUAGGAGCGGCAGGUAGCCUAGCGGUUAGAGCGUUGGGCCAGUAAUCGAAAGUUCGCUGGUUUGAAUACCUCGUUGUGCCCUUGAGCAAGGCAUUUAACCCUCAUUUGCUCCAGGGGAAUCAUACAACUAUGGCUGACCCCGUAAAACAACAACCUAUCCAUUCGGUGUAUGUGAAAUCUUUUUAUUUUUGUCUUGAGAAAGUUUAGGUUUUCUUAUCUAUACAAUUGUUUACAUUUCAUGAGAACCGAUGCCUACUUAAUACAAACGUUUUCCAAAUGUCUGUCAUCGAAAAAGUGUUUGGUAAGUAAAUGCCUAAAACGGAAUAAAUACGCUUAUUUAUCAUAAGGUUUGCACCUAUUGAGACAUUUUUUCUUUUUGAGAGAUUUCUUAUCUGAGCUUUAUAUGUUUCUAAACAAAGGUUGUCCCUUAACAUGCAUCUGGCACGUCGAUAGGUUGUUUAACAAAAGUUGCACAUAGCAUCUAGAUGUAGUCAAUAUGUGAUUUCUGUCUGUGCUGCCUUCAGUGUGCCUCAAUUUGAUGUGGAAUGUUGUUGUUAUAGAUUAAUCCCACUUUCAGACAGGGGGAUUACAGGGUAGCAGAGUCAAAGUCAAGGAAACAUAAUUGAUGAAUUGGAAUGGAUGUGAUGGCUCCCCGUUUUGAUCUUGGGAAGUAUGGAUCAAGGCUUUGGGUCUACACAGUGACGCACAUUGGAAAGAAAUGUGGUGUUUGUAGACAUGGUCUGCUCCAUUCUGGUCUAAUGAACAACAACAAAAGUUUAGCCUUAUGGCUGAUAAUCUUGCAUUGUCAUUGGAGAAUAUAAAAAAAAAAUUGCGAUUGGGCCACACCAUCCUAUUGAUGUUGAAGGCCUCUGUGGUGUCUUCUAGUCGGCAGCACAAUGGUUACUAGGUUCAGGUGCAAUAAUAUACAAAAGUGAACUGAUGUUAAUGACAUCAACAACAAAAAAACAUUCAGGCUGAAUUUGAGCUGUGAUAUCUUAUAGGGUUGAUUAUGCAUCUUGUACACAUUGACAGCUGAAUUGCAGUGCACUUGUGAUAUUGAGCAAUGGCCAGAAUGUUUGAUGCCACAAAUGUCUAAACAUGUGGGUAGUUGGGAGUCUUUUUAGCAGUCUUGUUUGUCACAAUUACAGUUGUGCUGUUAUAGGCUUAGGAUACAUCAUGUUAACACUAAUCAACAUGAGCUUUGAUUCUACUUUCAUCUGUUUUUAGUCAGUGGGUGCAGUCACAGAUGUCAACAUAUGCAGUAGGCCAAACUGAUUUCAACAUGAAAGGCAUUGAAUUUGCACACAGUUUUUAUGGUUUGAAAUAUAAACAGAUUAUGCUACAUUUCUUUUCCUCCCCUUUUAGGUGGAGUACAUGUUGAUUGAAAUGGAUGAGAAAAAUGGAAAGGUUCGUCUUGUUCUCAAUGGUGAGGAAGUUUUGGAAACCCUUCAAGACAAAGGAGAAAAGACCAACCCCAAGUAAGUCAGCUUUAAAUCUCUUUAGAAAAUGACCAUAUUAUCGUGUUGAGUGUGAAAUGGUCUGCUAUGUAACGGCCUUUCUUAUGUUAACUCAUUUGUGUGGCGUACACUACAGGGACUAAAGACUGCUCCUGUCACUGCGUAACACUGUGUUCCACUAGCCUGUUCUGCAACUUUUUAAUUAAAAAAAAUACAAGAAAAGUCGAACUUCUCUUAUUGCUCAUGCAAAAGCUACUUUACAAGUAUGCAACUUCAGCAUGAGUUUAAAUUUUUUUGUUUUCUAGAACUAUGCCCUUACAAAUGCACUAUUGAUUCAACCUGCCGCUUUACCUUGGGCUGCUAAAUUCCUUCAACAUGGGUUAAAAAGCCUUCAUCUCUAUUUGAUGGGAAUGUGUUUGUACAAGCCUCACUGUGGUAGUCUGGUUGCUAACUGUCCAUGACAUUCUAAAUCUGUGAAGCUGACUUAACCCAGGCCAAUUGUAGGUAUAGCAGUAGCAUUCCUCAUUACUGCCUCUCUGGCGCACAUAUUGAAGAGCACGCGCCCUGUAGCACAAAUGCAUUGCCCACAGCAUUUUCCCUCUGGUGAGAUAGUGGCUCACAUCAGAUUUUUUUUAAAGCACAACAUGUUUACUUUUUAAUGUGAAAGACUGGCAUAAUACAAUGGACUCUAUCGAACCGGGAGCUUGUUUUGUUAGACAACAUUAUUCAAUGACUUCUAAAAAUGGAAGUUGGCUUUUUUAUUUCUUUAUUUAUAUAUAUAAUGCUUUGUUUUUCCUGGUAGCCAUCCUACCCUUUGGAGGCCAGAGUAUGGCAGCUACAUGAUCGAAGGGACUCCGGGGCAGCCCUACGGUGGGACGAUGUCAGAGUUCAACACAGUAGAGGACAACAUGGGGAAGCGAAGGCGAGAGGCCUCAUCUGUGCUGAAUAAGAAUGAAACACUUGCCACCAUCACGUCAUUCCCAAGGUAGUUAACUACCUAUUCUGUCACUCACUAAAUAAUUUGAAAAGGUUGUAUUUUAUUUAUAGUACCUUUAACAUUAUUGUUAUUCUUGUAACAAUGGUUUUAGGUUAGGUUGUCCAGGCUUCACACAGCCAGAAUACAAGCCAACACCUGUUGAAAAAGGAGUGUCCAAAUCACUGUUCUUCCCAGAUGAAGCUAUAAACAGACACCCAAGAUUCAGGUAGACUUGAAUUUUAUAUAUAUAUAUAUACACACACUACUGUUCAAAAGUUUGGGGUCACAUAGAAAUGUCCUUGUUUUUGAAAGAAGUUAUUUUAAAUGGACAAAAAAAUUGCAUCAAAUUGAUCAGAAAUACAGUGUAGUCAUUGUUAAUGUUGUAAAUGGCUAUUGUAGCUGGAAACUGCUGAUUUUUAAUGGAAUAUCUACAUAGGCGUACAGAGGCCCAUUAUCAGCAACCAUCAGUCCUGUUUUCCAAUGGCACGUUGUGUUUGCUAAUCCAAGUUUAGCAUUUUAAAAGGCUAAUUGAUCAUUGGAAAACCCUUUUGCAAUUAUGUUAGCACAGCUGAAAACUGUUGUGCUGAUGAAAGAAGCAAUAAAACGGGCCUUCUUGAGACUAGUUGAGUAUCUGGAGCAUUAGCAAUUGUGUGUUUGAUUACAGGCUCAAAAUGGCCAGAAACAAAUAACUUUCUUCUGAAACUCGUCAGUGUAUUCUUGUUCUGAGAAAUGAAGGCUAUUCCAUGGCAGAAAUUGCCAAGAAACUGAAGAUCUCGUACAACGCUGUGUACUACUCCCUUCACAGAACAGCGCAAACUGUCUCUAACCAGAAUAGAAAGAGGAGUGGGAGGCCCCGGUGCACAACUGAGCAAGCGGACAAAUCCAUUAGUGUCUAGUUUGAGAAACAGACGCCUCACAGGUCCUCAACUGGCAGCUUCAUUAAAUAGUACCCGCAAAACACCAGUCUCAACGUCAACAGUGAAGAGGCGACUCCGGGAUGCUGAUCUUCUAGGCAGAGUUGCAAAGAAAAGACUGCCCAUCUUAAUCUUUUAUUGUCUGAGAUAUGGCUUUUUCUUUGCAACUCUGCCUAGAAGGUCAGCAUCCCGGAUUCGCCUCUUCACUGUUGACAUUGAGACUGGUGUUUUGCGGGUACUAUUUAAUGAAGCUGCCAGUUGAGGACCUGUGAGGCGUCUGUUUCUCAAACUAGACACUAAUGUAUUUGUCCUCUUGCUCAGUUGUGCGACUUACAGUCAUGCGUGUAUACAUUUUUAUGUACGGGUGGUCCUUGGUAUCCAACACACUAUCCUGGCCAUGCUCUACCAACUGAGCUAUAGAAGUUGCUAUGGCACUAAGUUUGUCACAGGUGUUUGCACUAUGUUGUGUCGCUGCCUUGUGUUGUGUCAUGUUUCAGCUCUUCAUUUGCAAAGUAUGUUGUGAAUGUUUUUUCAGCACCCUGACCAGAAACAUUCGCCACAGAAGAGGAGAGAAGGUGGUGAUCAAUGUACCCAGUAAGUCUAAAUCAAAACAGGUCUUCACCGUUUGCUUUCAGUAAAAUACAUUUAGUAAUAUUUUAUUUUCACUGGUCAAAUUUAGGCCACAUUUACAAUUUAGUCAUUUAGCAGAUGCUCUUAUCCAGAGCGACUUACAGGAGCAAUUUGGGUUAAGGGCCUUGCUCAAGGGCACAUCAACAGAUAUUUCACCUAGUCUGCCUGGAGAUUCGAACAAGUGACCUUUCGGUUACUGGCCCAAUGCUCUUAACCGCUAGGCUACCCAUCGCCCCAAAUUUGCUGCAACAUUUUUUUAUGAGUUGAAAUGACUUGCUUAUGGUUAUCUACUUUCCUUUGUGCUUCUUUCUCCUUGUUAGUCUUUAAAGACAAGUGCACCCCAUCUCCAUUUGUGGAGAAGUUUCCGGAAGAUGAUGGGGAGGCCGCCAGGGCAGCUCUCCCUGAUCACAUCUACAUGGAUGCCAUGGGAUUUGGAAUGGGCAACUGCUGUCUUCAGGUAUACGCAACACUUUAUAGGAUUAUAAACCUGGUACACUGGAGUUAUCUGUCUGUCUUUAGAUGCAUGUUCUUUUAAUUUUUUAUUACGUGUUUAUUUACUAGACUAGAGAAAUAUUUUUUAUAAGUCAAGGACAUGUUUUAUAUACAGUGAGGGGAAAAAAUUAUUUGAUCCCCUGCUGAUUUUGUACGUUUGCCCACUGACAAAGAAAUGAUCAGUCUAUAAUUUUAAUGGUAGGUUUAUUUGAACAGUGAGAGACAGAAUAACAACAAAAAAAUCCAGAAACACACAUGUCAAAAAUGUUAUAAAUUGAUUUGCAUUUUAAUGAGGGAAAUAAGUAUUUGACCCCCUCUCAAUCAUAAAGAUUUCUGGCUCCCAGGUGUCUUUUAUACAGGUAACGAGCUGAGAUUAGGAGCACACUCUUAAAGGGAGUGCUCCUAAUCUCAGUUUGUUACCUGUAUAAAAGACACCUGUCCACAGAAGCAAUCAAUCAAUCAAUCAGAUUCCAAACUCUCCACCAUGGCCAAGACCAAAGAGCUCUCCAAGGAUGUCAGGGACAAGAUUGUAGACCUACACAAGGCUGGAAUGGGCUACAAGACCAUCGCCAAGCAGCUUUGUGAGAAGGUGACAACAGUUGGUGCGAUUAUUCGCAAAUGGAAGAAACACAAAAGAACUGUCAAUCUCCGUCGGCCUGGGGCUCCAUGCAAGAUCUCACCUCGUGGAGUUACAAUGAUCAUGAGAACGGUGAGGAAUCAGCCCAGAACUACACGGGAGGAUCUUGUCAAUGAUCUCAAGGCAGCUGGGACCAUAGUCACCAAGAAAACAAUUAGUAACACACUACGCCGCGAAGGACUGAAAUCCUGCAGCGCCCGCAAGGUCCCCCUGCUCAAGAAAGCACAUAUACAGGCCCGUCUGAAGUUUGCCAAUGAACAUCUGAAUGAUUCAGAGGAGAACUGGGUGAAAGUGUUGUGGUCAGAUGAGACCAAAAUCGAGCUCUUUGGCAUCAACUUCAACUCGCCGUGUUUGGAGGAGGAGGAAUGCUGCCUAUGACCCCAAGAACACCAUCCCCACGUCAAACAUGGAGGUGGAAACAUUAUGCUUUGGGUGUGUUUUUCUGCUAAGGGGACAGGACGGUGCCAUGUACCGUCCUGGGCAUGGGCAUUGAAAAUGGGUCGUGGAUGGGUAUUCCAGCAUGACAAUGACCCAAAACACACGGCCAAGGCAACAAAGGAGUGGCUCAAGAAGAAGCACAUUAAGGUCCUGGAGUGGCGUAGCCAGUCUCCAGACCUUAAUCCCAUAGAAAAAUCUGUGGAGGGAGCUGAAGGUUCGAGUUGCCAAACGUCAGGCUCGAAACCUUAAUGACUUGGAGAAGAUCUGCAAAGAGGAGUGGGACAAAAUCCCUCCUGAGAUGUGUGCAAACCUGGUGGCCAACUACAAGAAACGUCUGACCUCUGUGAUUGCCAACAAGGGUUUUGCCACCAAGUACUAAGUCAUGUUUUGCAGAGGGGUCAAAUACUUAUUUCCCUCAUUAAAAUGCAAAUCAAUUUAUAACAUUUUUGACAUGCGUUUUUCUGUCUCUCACUGUUCAAAUAAACCUACCAUUAAAAUUAUAGACUGAUCAUGUCUUUGUCAUUGGGCAAACGUACAAAAUCAGCAGGGGAUCAAAUACUUUUUUCCCUCACUGUAGGCAGGUUGAGUAAUCCUUAAAUUAACUUUAACCCUUUUUAUGAUGUUUUUCCAGGUGACAUUCCAAGCAUGCAGCAUUGAAGAGGCGAGGUACCUUUAUGACCAACUAGCAACAUUCUGCCCCAUAAUGGUAAGAUAUGCUUAGAAAACAUACAAAGUAUUAAUUGCCUCAAAAUAGUAAUUGGAAAAAAUCUAAGGUGUCAUAAACAGCUUUGUUUAACCACAUCUUUGAAUCCUUACAGUAUUCAAUAAUGCUUUGGUUGUUUUGAGUGCCUUUUGUGUGGUGGAAACUGGAAAGCUAACUGCUGAUCUGUUUACAGAUGGCCCUCAGUGCUGCAUCGCCUUUCUACAGAGGCUAUGUGUCAGACAUUGAUUGUCGCUGGGGAGUUAUUUCUGCAUCGGUGGAUGACAGGACCGGGGAAGAGAGGGGGCUGGAGGUGAGCAGAUUAAUCAGGAAAAACUGGCUCCUAAUGAAAGGAACAUGACCCAGCCAAACAAGGCCCACUCGCUUGUUGCUAGUUGCUUCAGCGGGUUGAAUGUAACGCUUGGAUAGUGUCAGCCUCAGACAGGUAUUAUUAAUUUCUCUGAUUUCCUGGUGUUCAAUUGUAAUGUUAGUCAGAGCAGGUUUUCAGUUAUUUGUCUUCUUUGUUCCUUGAUAUGUCAGAGGAUUUUCAGACUUGUCUUUCAACGAGCAUGAAAAUGUGUUUUCUUUGCAGCCUUUGAAAACCAACAAAUUUCGAAUCUUGAAAUCAAGAUAUGAUUCAAUCGACAGCUACCUCUCCAGCUGUGGCGAAAGGUACAAUGACAUAGAUCUGACAAUAGACGAGGAGAUCAACAAACAGCUGCUGGAUGCAGGUAAAGCACUUUGUAACAAUAACAUAAAUAUUUGAUACUACAUGGUGUAUAGAAACAAUAGAAUAUGGUGAAGGACAGGUGAUUGAUGAAAAAUACUUUCAAGAUGAAUAGUGAAAUAAUCUUACAAAAGAAAAGUAACUUUUGAUGUAUUUUUCAAGCAAUAAAACUGUUUGUACAACCGUUUGUUAACAAUGUGGUUAUUCAUAUUUUAAUCGUAAAACCUUCUAUAGAGAAGUGAUCAGAAUCUGUUUUUGUAGGGAUCGACAAGCUGCUGGCCCAACACGUAGCCCAUCUCUUCAUCCGGGAUCCGCUGUCACUCUUUGAGGAGAAAAUCCACCUGGAUGAUGAAAAUGUGUCUGAUCACUUUGAGGUAAAAAUAAUACUAUACUAGACUGACUUAUAGUGACUACAUGACUGUAUGCGAACUAGACCAAUACUUGUGAUUUAGAUUUUAUAAGGAGGCAUUUUAGUUGAUAUAAUCUAAUUUCUCUUUCGUCUUUUCUGUCUGUCUUGUAGAAUCUGCAGUCAACCAACUGGCAGACCAUGAGGUUCAAACCACCUCCUCCAAACUCGGACAUCGGAUGGCGAGUUGAGUUCCGCCCCAUGGAGGUAGCGUAAGCCUUACAACUCUAUUGACAAAAAAUAUUGAAUAUCAUUUGGAUAUUUGUUUACCUGAAACAAACUCAUUGUUUAAGUAAAUACUUGCAACAUGAUUUACAUGUACUGUGUCUUAACCUGUUUUUGGACAAUGUUUGUAGAGUAGAAAUAUUCAGUGCAUGUUUUCUUUUGUUCCAGGUGCAACUUACUGAUUUUGAAAACUCUGCUUACGUUGUCUUCAUCGUGCUGCUCACCCGGGUUAUACUGUCCUAUAAACUGGACUUUCUCAUCCCUUUGUCAAAGGUGAGAGCAGCUGUUCUUCUGAUAUACAUUUCAUUUGCUGAAUUUUAGGAAAUUCCAUUAAGUUAAGUUCUAGUACAUGUAGGGUCAUGAUACAUGUAGGGUCAUAACAUUAAGUAUUCUGUUUUGUCUUUCAAAAGGUUGAUGAAAACAUGAAAGUUGCCCAGAAAAGAAAUGCAGUCCAAGAGGGCAUGUUUUAUUUCCGGAAGGACAUCUAUAAAGGUGAGAGGAUACGAAUCAGAUUCCAGUGUUUUGAAACCUGGUCAGGGAGCGUUUUGGCAAAAUGUCUGAACAGGUUGAUGCUAAAUCUUCUCUUGUGUCCUCCCAUAGGCUGCAACCCUGCCCUCGAUAGCUCCUCAUCGGCUGCCCAGAAUGGCUUGGACAGUGAGGGUGACAAUGAGUACACACUGAUGAGCAUUGACACAAUCAUCAACGGAAAGGUGCUUAUUAAAGAUGCGUUAUUAUGGUUUUGGGUAAUUUCAGCCAGUAGUACGUCAUCCAUUUUGUAUGAUAUGUAACGUCCUGCAAAAAAAAAUGCAUAUCGUAUGAUAUAUGUUACAAAUUCCAAUUUGUACAAUAUGUAAUGAAUUUGUAAGUGCUUAAGAUCCCGUUCAAUCUCUUUUAAUAAUAGUUAUCAUUGAAUAUAUAUUUCUCCUGCACUCUUGACUUUAAACCAUAAGUUGUUGUUUCUUAUCAUUUAGGAAGGAGUUUUUCAAGGGUUGAUACCGAUCCUCAACUGCUACCUGGAAAACAUGGAGGUGGACGUCGAUACAAGAUGCACCAUCCUAAACUACCUGAAGCUCAUCAAGAGACGCGCCUCAGGUAUAUUUAGGCAAUAAGGCCCAAGGAGGUGUGGUAUAUGGCCAAUACGCACGACGCAACGCAGAGUGCCUGGAUACAGCCCUUAGCCGUGUUCUAUUGGCCAUUUACCACAAACCCCCGAGGUGCCUUAUUGCUAUUAUAAACUGGUUACCAACAUAAUUAGAGCAAUAAAAAUAAAUGUUUUGUCGUAUCUGUGGUAUACGGUCUGAUACACCACGGCUUUCAGCCAAUCAGCAUUCAGGGCUCGAACCACCCAGUUUAGAAUGAGCAAAUAAACAAUGACAAUUUGACGCUGGGUUAGGUAACAGGGUUUUGUGGGGUAUUGGUGUGGCCCAUGGGCUUUCCACAUCAUUGGUGGAGCUUAGCAAAAGCAUGCGGCAUUCCAAUAGUAGAAGGCACAUGUUGCUCCCUGACAGUGUCAACAAGGUUUGAUAACUCUUGGCUGCUUUGAGAAAGGCAGCCCAAUUCUGAACUUUAUUUUUCGCUAAUGGAUUUUUGGACCAAUCACAUCAGAUCUUUUCACAUAUCUUUUUCAGAGCAGAUCUGAUUGGUCAAAUGAGCAAUUUAGUGAAAAAAAUAAAAAAGUGUAGAAUUGGGCUGCCUGUCUAAACACAGCCUUAGUGCUUUACAGUGUUGAAUCUGAACUGAAGCCACAUUAGGCCACAUUAAAUUGUUAAUGUAUACAGGGUUAUAAAUGCCAAACAGGCACUUGUUUAUAUGUUAGUGGUGUAACAUCUUAAUUAUCAACAACAACACGUUUUGCUCACUUUGUUCUUGUUGCUGAUGUAGGUGAACUGAUGACCAUGGCUAAAUGGAUGAGGGAGUUUGUGGACAAGCACCCCCAAUACAAGCAAGACAGCGUCAUAACUGACAGAAUUAACUACGACCUACUCCGCAAGUGUGACAGCAUCACAAAAGGAGAAGAGCGAUGCCCAGAACUUAUUGGCGACCCAGUCAAUCGGGGCAAAUGAACUUACUGUCACAGCUGUAAUCAAUGAAUUAAUGUGUUGUCCAUCAUGA